AUGCCUUCAAAACCAAAUACCGAUCAAACUAAUGUUUAUCUCGAAGAAUUAACACAUUUAAAAAGUUUAUUACAAACUAUUAAUGGACGUAUUGAAAAAAUUGAAAAGGAAGUUUUCAAGCCUUCUCAUGAAUUAAGAAUGGUGCUUAUGGGUCCACCGGGAGCUGGUAAAGGAACCCAAUCUCCAAGAAUCAAAGAAAAAUAUUGUAUUUGUCAUUUAGCUACAGGAGAUAUGUUGCGUUCACAAGUAGCAGCAAAAACUAAACUCGGUUUAGAAGCUAAAAAGAUUAUGGAUUCCGGAGGGUUGGUUUCUGAUGAAAUUAUGGUUGGAAUGAUUCAUGAUGAGUUACAAAAUAAUCCUGAAUGUAAAAAAGGAUUCAUUUUGGACGGAUUUCCUCGAACGGUACCACAAGCAGAAAAACUUGAUGCUAUGCUUGAAACAGAUAAGAAAAAACUUGAUCAUGCUGUUGAAUUAGUUAUUGACGAUAAUUUAUUGGUUUCACGCAUUACCGGUCGUUUGAUUCAUCCUUCUAGUGGUAGAACUUACCACAAAAUUUUCGACCCACCGAAAGUCCCUGGUAAAGAUGAUAUUACCGGGGAACCUUUAAUUCAACGUUCAGAUGAUAAUGCUCAAACGUUAAAAAAGAGAUUGGUUACUUAUCAUAAACAAACUACUCCUGUAGUAGAUUAUUAUAAACAGAAAGGUAUUUGGUCAAGCAUUGAUGCCUCUCAAAAUCAAAAUGUUGUUUGGAAAAGUUUAUUGGCUAUUUUCGGCGAAAAUAAGAACAAAUAA